AUGAGUGAAAAGGGCACUGCACAAUCUCUGGAUCUAGAGAAUUGGAUGAGAAAACUGCCUGAUGAAAUAAGAAAUUUUCCAUUUAUAUACUUAGCCAUACCUGGCAGCCAUGAUUCCAUGACAUAUGGCAUAACAAGAUCUAGUGGUUUAGCACCCGAUGCUGAACCAAUUCUCAAAAGAUUGUACCCUUUGUUCAAAGGUACGAUACUAAGAUGGACUAUUACUCAGAGCAUAGAUGCUUACCAACAACUUCUUAUAGGGAUUAGAUAUUUUGACUUAAGACUAGCUACAAAAACAGGUGUUGAAAGUUUUUAUUUCACACAUGGUGUUUACGCUGGAGAAAUAUCAGAACCAUUACAUCAGAUUAAGGAGUUUAUUGAUUCACAUCCAGGAGAGGUUGUAAUAUUAGAUUUGCAACACUUCUAUGGAUUCACUGCAGAUGACCACCGAAAAUUAAUGAGAUAUUUACUGAGCAUGUUUGGACCUAAAUUGGUACCACGGAAGCAAGAUCUACAAUCUAUAACUUUAAACUCGCUACAGAGGCUAGGACAACAGGUUGUUGUUGUCUAUCGAAAUCCAUCAGUGCAAGCCAGUGGUGAAUUCUGGCAACCGCAAAUGUUGCCUUCACCAUGGCCGCAGCAGGACAGUAUUAAUGGCCUUGUGCAAUUUCUGAAGAAUGUAAAGAGGCACCCCAACAUGGGGUUUGUUCAUCAAGCUGUUUUGACUCCUACACCUACAUUUAUUUUAUUCAGAUGGGUGUCAACUUUACGUGAAAAAUGCGCAAAGCCCGUAAAAGACGAAGUUUAUCCGAAGCUCAUGGAAUUCAGCCCUGGACCACCAUCAGUCUCCAACGGUCUGACAACUGUCAAUGUAGUCAUUGCUGACUUUGUCGAUUUGGACAACGCAAUAUUCUCUAAGACUGUCAUCCAACUCAACUAUAAAUUACUCAAAAAUACAGAUUUUGUAUACCACAAUAAUGGGUAA